AUGAUCGCGGGGCGGCGGCUGGGACGGGCCCGGGGGCCGGGGCGGGGCUGCGGCCGGCCCCGGGACCAAUGCCCGGUGCUCGCUGCCCGGGCCCGGGGCGCUCGGCCGUCGGAGAGCGGUGCGGGCAGUCCCGGGACUGCUGCGGGGACCGGCCCGGCCCGGCCCGGCCCGGUGGAAUUGCGGAGUGGGCGGUGCGGGACCCUGCCCGCGCCCGGCUCGGACCGCACGGGGCCGGACAUCCGUGCGGCCCCCCCGAUGCCCCCACCGGAGGCCGGGAGCGGCCGGGAUCGGGUUAUGAAGCUUUCUGCAGCAAGACUUGAAGCAGCCAGACUCCAGCUUACAUCAAAGCCCCUGGGAUUCACUUGUGAUUUCUGGAUGGAGUAUGGCGAGUUGCAAAGCGUGGUGGGAGCAGACAAUGCUUGUGCUGACAGCAGAGGUUGAAGUGUUUCCCGUCAUGGAAAAGAUGAGCAAGCCAGUUCCACAUCAGCUUUCUUUUCUGAGACCUGGGGUCAGCAAAUGUAUGAGACAGGUAGACUCACUUCUGGCUGACAGCACUUCUCAAAGACUCAGUCUCCAGUCCUGGGAGCAUGGCCAUGGUGUGGGGUGAGUGCUGUACAGGAGUCACUGGUUCUGAGUGUUGCUGGUACCACAUUAAUUCUGCACUGGGGGAGGAAGGACCUGAGCUUUUGAUUUCUGAAGGAUAUUGCUUUGAUAAAUAAAGAAAAUAUUUAACUACUGCAG